AUGGCCCGCCAUCAACGCUUACUACCGUUUGACGGACCUCUUCAAGCAUAUGCCGACCACCUCGAAUGCAUACUGUUAUCUGUCUAUGGAUCAAUUGAUCAAGUACGACAAGGGGUUCUGUCGCGAGGGGAUGUCGUUGCGACGUCUGCUCCUGAGAUUCUAGCGCCAACAUGGGCGACGGACAACGCUAUGGGCAAAUCACUAACGGCCCCGAGAACUGCGCGCAGGACUUCAAGACAGAUCACGAAUGGUUUAGAAAUCAGCGAUGCUACCAACAGCAGCAUAAGCCAGCCCCCUACUCCGGCUCAAGCUAUCCAGGUCGCGACCUCAAUACAAUUCCUGGCUAGAGUUCCGGAGAAUGAGCAGGAGUGGCUACAAUUAGAAGCCAGUUCAGGUUUGAACUGCUCAGGGCACGAUAUCUUCCACCGAGUUACGCAAGCUCAAAACCAGAUCCAAGUCACAGCCGCCUCGGUCCUGUCAAGCACAGCUACCACGAACCAUACACAAGUGGAGAGCUCUGGGAUAGCUAGGAUUACCUCUUCCGCUUCAAUCAUUGUACGCACCUCUACCAUUUCCGUAGUCCCUCUUCUGAGUAUCAGCAGUUCUUCUGCUGGAACACUUUGUACUCCAGAGGGCGACUGGAGAUGCGUCAACGGUAGCUCGUACCAGCGAUGCGCGAGCGGUUCAUGGUCGGCAAUCCAGCGAUUGCCCGUCGGGGUUUCUUGCAGUCCCGGGCAGGCUUCCAUGUUUGAUAUGGUAGAAAGUACUUAG